CAGUGGAGUAGCUCAGUCAGUAGUGAGUUGAAUUGUCCUCUGCUAGGACAGUGGAAUAGCUCAGUCUGUAGCGAGUUGGAUUGUCGUCUGCUAGGACAGUGGAAUAGCUCAGUCUGUAGCGAGUUGAAUUGUCCUCUGCUAGGACAGUGGAAUAGCUCAGUCAGUAGUGAGUUGAAUUGUCCUCUGCUAGGACAGUGGAAUAGCUCAGUUGGUAGCGAGUUGAAUUGUCCUCUGCUUGGACAGUGGAAUAGCUCAGUUGGUAGUUACUCAGUUGGUAGCGAGUUGGAUUUUCAUCUGCUAGGACAGUGGAAUAGCUCAGUCUAUAGCGAGUUGGAUUGUUAUCUGCUAGGACAGUGGAAUAGCUCAGUCUAUAGCGAGUUGGAUUGUUAUCUGCUAGGACAGUGGAAUAGCUCAGUCUGUAGCGAGUUGGAUUUUCAUCUGCUUGGACAGUGGAAUAGCUCAGUCUGUAGCAAGUUGGAUUGUCAUCUGCUAGGACAGUGGAAUAGCUCAGUCUAUAGCGAGUUGGAUUGUCAUCUGCUAGGACAGUGGAAUAGCUCAGUCUGUAGCGAGUUGGAUUGUCAUCUGCUUGGACAGUGGAAUAGCUCAGUCUGUAGCGAGUUGGAUUGUCAUCUGCUUGGACAGUGGAAUAGCUCAGUUGAUAGAGAAUUGGAUUGUCAUCUGCUUGGACAGUGGAAUAGCUCAGUUGGUAGUUAG